AUGUCCCAGAAAGCGUUAUUUCCGGACUCUCAUGAUGAGUCAAUCAAUUUCGAGGAUGAAUAUCAGCAAGAGCUUGAUUUGGAUGACAGCUCAACGGCUGUUUCGUCAGAGCCACAUCGUUUAACGUACUCACGGCCUACCCACCACCUUACAAGUGAUGACGCAACAACUGUAGCUGAUGAUACCAACCAUUUGGCUGUCCACGACUCAACUCACAAACGCCGCCAUUCUAACGAUAGGAUGUUGUCAUUACAUUUAAGCCAGUGGAACUACAACAACAACCGAGUGGGUCUCAAUCGAGGAAUACAAAAUUCCGAGGAACUUAUUUUACUGUUGACACGAGAAAACCAUUCCCGUCCAAUUCAUGUGCCUUUGAAUUCAGACGGCUCCCACUUGCACAUCUUGGACCUUGACUUCAAGCUUAGGGGAAACAACUCGAACGGUGUUGAUCUGGACAAAAACGCAAUCUCCAAGCUGUUUUCCGUGCGUACAACGGCCGCUUUAAAGCAUCUCAAGUCUCUCAAGAAGCGUGUUGAUGACACCUCCUCCAAAGUUUUCAUUACGGGCGAUUUAAACGCCGGGAAAUCCACUUUCUGCAACGCUCUGUUGAAGCGUAGGCUCAUGCCUGUAGAUCAGUUGCCUUGCACCAACGUGUUUUGUGAAAUAUUAGAAGCCCGAGAGUAUACUGGAACCGAGGAAGUGCACGCGAUACCCCUGGCGAUAGCUCCUACCGUCAAAGAAGCUACUGAGGCAUACAAUAUACGCGAUAAAUCUACUUAUCGGGUUUUCCCCAUCAGCCAAUUAGAAGACCUUGUAUACCAAUCGGAACUUUACUCUUUACUAAAGGUCUAUAUCAAUGACGACAAGAAACCGGCCGAACUCAGUUUACUGCGUAACGGGGCGGUCGACAUAUCGUUGAUUGAUUCACCUGGUCUAAACAUGGAUUCCAUCCAGACUACUGAAGUGCUUUCGCGUCAGGAGGAAAUUGAUAUGGUGAUAUUUGUUGUGAACUCCGAAAACCAGUUAACUCUUUCAGGUCAAGAAUUUAUUCAAGUCGCAUCGAGAGAAAAGAAACUUAUGUUCUUUGUUGUUAAUAAGUUCGAUCAAAUAAGAAACAAGGAUCGCUGCAAAAAACUCAUAUUGGAUCAAAUCAAAAAAAUGUCGCCGGAGACUCAUAAACAAUCAAAUGAGUUUGUUCAUUUUGUUUCUAGCAGCUCAAAACCGUCUUUCUCUAACGGCGAUGGCCCUGGGGGAGAUGAUGGAGAUGAUGGUGAUAAUGGCUUUGACUUUGAAGACCCGGACUUCGACAAAUUGGAGACUUCAUUGCGCAAUUUUGUGUUGAAAAAGAGAUCACUAUCGAAGCUGCUCCCUGCUAAAACUUACUUGACUAAAUUACUAAAGGAUAUCUGUGUCAUCACAGAAUGGAAUUUGGAUCUGUACAAGUCAGAGAACGAUAAGCUCAAUAAUGAAUUGCACGAGAUGACUCCAGAAAUAAAAGCUGCCAAUACACAAUGCCAUAAGUUGACAGAUCAUGUGGAUAAGCUUGUGGAAUCAGUGGUAAAUGAAGUAUACGAAUUUACCAAGCAUAAAAUAAACAUCUCACUGGAACUGUCUCUUUUGGAUUUCCCUCCAUACGAAGGAUUUUCAACCAUAUACGAUUAUGUGCUGCGUUCCAGGCAGUUCAUACUAGACCAGAUCAAGGAAAGCGUGGAAACCAGUGAAUUCAAGGCCAAAAACGAAACUUCCGUUUGCGUCAAGUCUAUCAAUGAAAUAGGGAAAGCAGAGUUGGGCGAGGAGUUUAUGUCGGAUCGCAAAUUUCAAAAGGAGCUCAUGUUUACAAAAAAGAAACAUAAUUCAUUGAAAGCUCUUCGCGUGUCUUUUGAUGUUACAGACUUGCUCUCUCCUUCGUGGGAAGGGUUCUUCCGAUACUUGAGCUGGGGUCUGUUCCGUGACAAAUCGGCUCUUGAAGAGCCUGUGGAACCGGAAAUCGACCAAAGCUGGUAUGCGGUUCUGGGACUAGGCCACUAUUCAGUGACAAAAUACUGGACAAACCCAUCAUUGCUGUUUACUUCCAAGAUUCCCGCUCUUGCAGUGUACUCCUGGGGUGGUACAAGGGUUCUGACCACUGCCAUGAUUCACGGAUCUAGGUUUUUCUCGUGGCAAGCUUUUUCUCGUAUUUCGACUUCGAUCAUCCUUGUGUCCUCCGUACUCGGUGUCUCUUAUCUGAUUCACGAUUUACCACGAGCUCUGCCGCUCAAUCUCUCCUAUAAAUAUCGCUCUAAGUUGGCGGAGAUCGAUUACUCCCACCGCAACGCUAAGCGUAUAUCUGACGAAGUUCGUGACGUUCUCAAAUUUCCAUCACGGGAGGUUGUAAAAUCAUGUGAAACUCUACUGGGUAAGAAACAAACCGCUAGACGUGAUAUCGAAGCCAAACUCCACAACAACACUAUCUCGCUCAAGUUUUUCAAGAAUUUGGCAGAACGCGCUAAUGCUCAGGCCCAAGUGAUUGAAGAGAUAGAUCUUGACGUCGAUUGA